GUACUACGUGUGCAGCCUUUUCUCCUGGGGUCUGCUCACGGAGCAGGCAGUCGCAGAGGCGGCGGACGUCCUGAAGGACUUGGAUGUUGUGGGUAUCAUCGACCCACUGGCUGGUAGUGGGUGGCAUGCACUUCUCUGGCGGGAGGUAGGGGGCCUCUCUGUCCUGGCCAUGGAUUCCUAUGCCGUUCGGCCGGCUUGGUUUUCCGUCGCUGUCGUCGAGGAUUCCAGGACGGCUAUGAGGCAUCUGCAGCCACCUGAAAUUUCGAGGUGGGCGCUCUUCUUGAGCUGGCCACCGCAUAGCCCGGACACCGUUGGUUCGGACCUGCUGGAGAAGUUUGAGGGCACCUACUUCCUCUACCUGGGCGAGCAGGCGGAUCCCCGUGCUGUCGACGCGGGCUUGACCGGAGGCCAUCAGCUUCUCUCUCGCAUCGCAGAGGCUUGCUGGGGAGGCUUCACCUAUGACGACUGCUGCGGCGAAAGGUUUGGACCAGCUGGCAAUCUCGAGUGCUGGAAUGCUACUUUCAUUCCGGAGAGAUGUUGUGUGAGGCAGCGAGUCGAACAAGUAAGAACGACUUGCCAAUGCUGCAACCUCAGCAAAACACGGCCAGUCCUCGGAUCCAUUAGCGAAGUGGUUGAGAAGCACGGCUACCCCGUGUUCUUCGAUGCUCUGACGACCAAGGCCGGUUGGUUUAGGUCCGGCUAUCGUGCCUGGGAGCCGCUUACUUUCCGGAUCUUUCAGCGUUUUGCGACGGGCCAAAUUGUUCUGGAUGUUGGUGCUUGGGUUGGUGCUACGGUGAUCUGGGAAGCCAACGUUGCCGAGCAUGUCUUCGCCAUAGAGCCCACACCUGUUUCAGGGUGUCAGUUGCUGGCCAACCUGAACGUCAAUCCCCCCCGCGUGUCGCGCCGAGUCACCCUCAUCCGGGGGGCACUGCACAACGAAACCGGAAGCGUUGUGAUCCUGAAUCGCAGGGAGGACUCCAACAAUCGGAUAUACGCAGGUCCAGCACGCCCGCUUAUGACAAGCGUUCCGUCAUUCACCAUUGAGGCCUUGCUUUUGAAAUACCCACGACUUCGGCGAGUUUCUUUCAUCAAAAUUGAUACUGAAGGACACGAGCGCGUGCUUGUACCUGCUAUGCGCUCCUUUCUCAAGAAGCAAAAGCCAGUCGUGUUAGUGUCCUUGCACCCUAUUUACAUCGGCGACCGCUUAGUUCGCAGGGUGGUCAAUGCUCUGAACGAGAUCUUUCCAUACAUUUACGACUCAGACAUGAAGACACCAUUCAACAUCCGGCGUUUCACUUUCUUCGGCAGUCCCGAAGACCAUUAUGGCACGGAGUUGCUGGGUACCUGGCACCCUCUAUGA